AUGGUGAGCUCUCCGGUGGUGAAUACGUACCCUCUGUCGAGCUACACGUUCGGCACCAAAGAGCCCAAGAUGGAGAAGGACACCUCCGUCGCCGAUCGCCUCGCCCGCAUGAAAGUCAACUAUAUGAAAGAAGGGAUGAGGACAAGUGUUGAAGCUAUUCUUCUGGUACACGAACACAAUCAUCCCCACAUACUUCUUCUGCAAAUUGGAAACACCUUCUGCAGACUUUCAGGUGGACGUUUGAAGCCAGGGGAAAUGGUAUAUUUUCUGCUCAUUCUGUCAGAAUGUUCAUACAUUCAUUUGUUACGGAUUGUGCUACAAUACAUACUGAUGCAAAGAACAGAAAUUGAAGGUUUGAAGAGGAAAUUGACGAGGAAGCUUGGAGCUAAUUCACCUGCUCUUGUUCCAGAUUGGCAGGAAUGUAAGAAGCUCUUUCUUGUUCACUUGUCUGAAAGAGAGUACUUUGCAGUCCCCAAAAAUUUGAAGCUUCUCGCUGUUCCAUUGUUCGAACUAUAUGACAAUGUGCAGAGAUAUGGUCCUGUGAUAUCAACCAUCCCUCAACAACUUUCAAGAUUCCAGUUCAACAAGAUUACCACUUGAAUUAUGCCUGCCAUUUCAAGGAUUGACGUCUUAGCUGCCCGAAACUGAAAGAGCGUCAAGACUAGUUAUCGUAUCUGACGAGCCGACACCUUGAUGGAUGAUGAUACUAUUUGUUGACAGACUUCAGAAGUUUGAUUGAAUGUUGUUCUCUUUGAUCUGUUCAUGUUGUGU